GUUUGGUGUUUACUGCGGCUGCAGGCGCUGAAUAAGUAGUGUUUUUCGGGGACUGUCGUGCUUUAUCUGUCUCCCGGGCCCUACCUCCUACUAGGGGGUGAGGCCCUGGAGGAGGCCUCGGAAGGGUCUAGCGAUCCGCGCGGGAGGAAGACGGAGCCCGGGGACGCGUGGCCCCCAGGGCAGGACAGGGUAGGGGGCUGGAGGAGACAGUUCUCUGGAUGCCUGUGGAGUAUCUUCAGUGUGACUUCGGGCUGGCAGCUGCAGUCCAAGAGCGUUCCGAGUUCUCCGCGGUCCCCUGGAGUUCCUGGAGCUGGGACAUUUCUGCGCCCCUCUCCCACCGCCCACCUUCUGUUUUUGAAGGAAGACCCCUCGUAGAGACAACUUCCCUCCCAGCCUUGAAGUGGCUUCCCGAAACAUCAUUGUGAGCCACGGAGCACCUCUUGACACUUUGCUGAGGCCUAGGGUGUUAUAUCCUAACUUAUUGACCCAGAGGUACUUGCCGUUAUGGGAAAUCAGCUUGCUGGAAUUGCACCUUCCCAGAUCCUUUCUGUGGAGAGUUAUUUCUCAGAUAUUCAUGACUUUGAGUAUGACAAAAGCCUGGGGAGUACUCGGUUUUUUAAGGUUGCUAGAGCAAAGCACAGAGAAGGCCUGGUGGUUGUGAAGGUUUUUGCAAUUCAGGAUCCUACAUUGCCUUUAACUAGCUAUAAACAAGAGCUGGAGGAACUGAAAAUCAGGCUUCAUUCUGCACAGAACUGUCUGCCUUUCCAGAAAGCAGCAGAAAAAGCCUCCGAAAAAGCAGCUAUGCUCUUUAGGCAAUAUGUACGAGAUAACCUCUAUGAUCGAAUCAGUACUCGUCCGUUUUUAAAUAACAUUGAGAAGCGCUGGAUUGCUUUCCAGAUCCUGACAGCUGUGGACCAAGCACACAAAUCUGGAGUUCGUCAUGGGGACAUCAAAACUGAGAAUGUGAUGGUCACCAGUUGGAACUGGGUUCUUCUGACUGAUUUUGCAAGUUUUAAACCCACUUAUCUUCCAGAAGACAACCCAGCAGAUUUCAACUAUUUUUUUGACACUUCACGGAGAAGAACAUGCUAUAUUGCUCCGGAACGUUUUGUUGAUGGUGGGAUGUUUGCUACUGAGUUAGAAUAUAUGAGAGAUCCUUCAACUCCACUUGUAGACUUAAAUAGCAAUCAGAGAAUAAGAGGAGAGCUGAAGAGAGCAAUGGACAUCUUUUCAGCAGGUUGUGUGAUAGCUGAGCUUUUUACAGAAGGUGUACCAUUAUUUGAUCUCUCUCAACUUCUGGCUUAUAGAAAUGGACAUUUUUUCCCUGAACAAGUGCUAAAUAAAAUUGAAGAUCGCAGCAUCAGAGAACUGGUAACUCAGAUGAUUAACCGUGAGCCAGAUAAACGCUUAGAGGCAGAAGAUUACUUAAAGCAGCAGCGUGGCAAUGCCUUUCCUGAAAUAUUUUAUACUUUUCUUCAGCCCUACAUGGCCCAGUUUGCCAAGGAGACAUUUCUCUCUGCAGAUGAGCGUAUUCUGGUUAUCCGGAAGGAUUUGGGCAACAUUAUUCACAAUCUCUGUGGACAUGAUCUGCCAGAAAAAGCAGAAGGAGAACCUAAGGAGAAUGGGCUGGUUAUCUUGGUGUCUGUUAUAACAUCCUGCCUACAGACCCUCAAAUACUGUGAUUCCAAGCUUGCUGCCUUGGAACUUAUUCUCCAUUUGGCCCCAAGAUUAAGUGUAGAAAUCCUUUUGGACCGUAUUACUCCAUAUCUUUUGCAUUUCAGCAAUGACUCUGUUCCUAGAGUGAGGGCUGAAGCCUUGAGGACGUUGACCAAAAUCCUUGCUCUUGUCAAAGAGGUUCCUCGCAAUGAUAUCAAUAUUUAUCCAGAAUAUAUUCUGCCAGGCAUAGCCCACUUAGCCCAAGAUGAUGCUACUAUUGUUAGACUAGCCUAUGCUGAAAAUAUAGCUUUGUUGGCAGAAACAGCUCUGAGAUUCCUGGAAUUAGUACAGCUAAAAAAUCUCAAUAUGGAAAAUGACCCCAAUAGUGAAGAAAUAGAUGAAGUCACGCAUCCAAAUGGAAAUUAUGACACAGAGCUCCAAGCCUUACAUGAAAUGGUCCAGCAGAAAGUUGUUACUUUGCUAAGUGACCCUGAAAAUAUCGUAAAACAAACGUUAAUGGAAAAUGGAAUAACACGACUAUGUGUAUUCUUUGGAAGACAGAAAGCCAACGAUGUUUUGUUGUCCCACAUGAUCACUUUCCUAAACGAUAAGAAUGAUUGGCAUCUCCGUGGAGCUUUUUUUGAUAGUAUAGUUGGUGUUGCUGCCUAUGUUGGCUGGCAAAGCUCCUCAAUUCUCAAGCCUCUACUACAACAAGGUCUUAGUGAUGCUGAGGAAUUUGUUAUUGUGAAAGCUCUUAAUGCCCUUACUUGUAUGUGCCAGUUGGGGCUUCUACAAAAACCCCAUGUCUAUGAGUUUGCCAGUGACAUUGCUCCCUUCCUGUGUCAUCCCAACUUAUGGAUACGCUAUGGUGCUGUGGGAUUUAUCACAGUGGUAGCCCAUCAAAUAAGUACUGCUGAUGUCUACUGUAAACUGAUGCCUUAUCUCGACCCAUAUAUUACCCAGCCAAUCAUACAGAUUGAAAGAAAACUUGUUCUACUCAGUGUUUUAAAAGAGCCAGUAAGUCGCUCUAUAUUUGAUUAUGCUUUGAGGUCUAAAGAUAUCAGUAGCUUAUUCAGACAUCUUCAUAUGCGUCAGAAGAAACGAAAUGGGUCUCUUCCUGACUGCCCACCACCUGAGGAUCCUGCAAUAGCACAGCUUCUGAAGAAAUUGCUCUCACAGGGAAUGACAGAGGAAGAAGAAGACAAACUUCUGGCACUGAAAGACUUCAUGAUGAAAUCUAAUAAAGCAAAGGCCAAUAUAGUGGAUCAGAGCCACCUUCAUGAUAGUAGUCAGAAAGGUAUAAUUGACUUGGCAGCCUUAGGCAUAAUUGGGAGACAAGUUGAUCUUGUUAAAACCAAACAAGAACCAGAUGACAAACGGGCUAGAAAACAUGUAAAACAAGACUCAAAUGUAAAUGAAGAAUGGAAAAGCAUGUUUGGGUCUCUGGAGCCACCAAACAUCUCACAGGCCCUACCUAAAGGGAGUGACCAAGAGGUGAUUCAGACUGGGAAGCCUCCUCGUUCUGAGUCUUCUGCUGGCAUUUGUGUCCCUUUGUCAACUUCUCCACAGGUUUCAGAAGUGACAAAUGUCCAGAGUAAGAAACCGGUAAUACAAGUUUUAAGUAGUACAAUUCUGCCAUCCACUUACCAGAUUCGGAUCACAACUUGUAAAACUGAACUUCAGCAGCUCAUACAACAGAAGCGGGAGCAGUGCAAUGCUGAGAGGAUCGCCAAGCAAAUGAUGGAGAAUGCGGAAUGGGAGAGCAAACCUCCUCCACCUGGGUGGCGUCCUAAAGGGCUACUGGUUGCACAUCUUCAUGAGCACAAAUCGGCUGUGAAUCGAAUUAGAGUUUCUGAUGAGCACUCACUGUUUGCAACAUGUUCAAAUGAUGGCACAGUGAAGAUCUGGAACAGUCAAAAGAUGGAGGGGAAGACGACCACCACCAGAUCCAUUCUCACAUACAGCCGAAUUGGAGGACGAGUCAAGACUCUCACAUUCUGCCAAGGCUCCCACUAUUUAGCCAUAGCAUCUGAUAAUGGUGCUGUCCAGCUUCUUGGAAUUGAGGGUUCUAAGCUGCCCAAGUCUCCUAAAAUCCAUCCUCUACAAAGCAGAAUUCUGGAUCAGAAGGAGGAUGGCUGUGUCGUGGAUAUGCAUCACUUCAACUCAGGGGCACAGUCUGUUCUUGCCUAUGCCACUGUGAAUGGGUCUCUGGUUGGCUGGGACCUCAGGUCUUCAAGCAAUGCAUGGACUUUAAAGCAUGACUUAAAGUCAGGCCUCAUCACUUCCUUUGCUGUGGACAUCCACCAGUGUUGGCUCUGUAUUGGUACAAGUAGUGGUACCAUGGCUUGUUGGGACAUGCGGUUCCAGUUGCCAAUUUCAAGUCACUGUCAUCCUUCCAGGGCUCGAAUCAGGCGCCUCUCAAUGCACCCCCUGUAUCAGUCCUGGGUGAUUGCAGCUGUUCAGGGCAACAAUGAAGUGUCCAUGUGGGACAUGGAGACUGGUGACAGAAGGUUUACUCUCUGGGCCAGCAGCGCACCACCACUUUCUGAGUUACAGCCUUCUCCUCACAGUGUCCAUGGUAUCUACUGCAGUCCUGCAGAUGGAAAUCCUAUCCUGCUAACAGCUGGAUCAGACAUGAAAAUAAGGUUUUGGGAUUUGGCUUACCCAGAAAGGUCCUAUGUUGUUGCAGGAAGUACUAGUUCCCCAUCUGUCUCUUACUACAGGAAAAUAAUUGAAGGCACUGAAGUUGUCCAGGAAAUUCAGAAUAAGCAGAAGGUGGGGACGAGCGAUGACACCCCUCGAAGAGGCCCAGAGUCUCUGCCCGUGGGGCAUCAUGACAUCAUCACAGACAUUGCCACAUUCCAGACAACACAGGGCUUCAUUGUAACUGCUUCUAGAGAUGGGAUUGUGAAGGUGUGGAAAUAAAAACCUACUGAUUUGUAUAAAUUGUAAUAAAGAGAUAAAUAUAUUGUAACUCAAGAGAAAGGGUAUUUCUAGAGAAUGGAAGUGAGAACAGACUCAUUUGUGUAAUUUUCAGAAUCAGGUCUCUAUGUUAGUGGUUCAUGACUAAAUAGCACCCACGGUGGUUAAGGAAGUUAUACUUGGCCAGUUUACUUGUGUAUCUCACUGCAGGAAAUUAGCCAGACAACAAUAUCUGGGACUGUCAUUGUAUAUGUUAUAGAGGUAAGAAAUGUAAAAUAUGAAGAACAUGUCAGUUUAUUUUGUAUUAAAAAAGACUUUGAAAAGAUGGUUGUAAGCUAUUAUACUGUAAACACAUUUUUGCUAUUAAAAAGGCUAUUCAAACCUGUCAAUAAACU